CAACAAGGUACAAACAAUAACAGCAGAGGAGGUAAUUCUGAUAAAUCACAAAAAAGACAUGCCGUAUCUGAUCCGUACUAUGUUCCAUCAACACCUGAAAGAGUAGGAUCAUCAUACAAAAACGAUACUGGUUUAUUAAUAUCAAAUAACUCUAGGAAAAAUAAUAGGGAGGAAAAUUCUAGGGAUUUAAUGCCAGCACCUAAAAGUUAUAAUCACCAUAGACAAAACAAAUUUCAAACUACAACCAAGAAUGAAAAUUAUCACAAUUGGGAAGCAAAUAUUACACCAAUUAGAGAUUACGACAGAGAUGAUAGACGAAAAAUAUCAACUUCAAGAAGAUCCGAUUGGGAAAAAUCUCCACACAGGGAAUCCAACGAUUACAGACAAUAUUCAUCAUCAUCAAAUAGAUCAAGUAAUUCAAGCUUUCGGUCUUCAUCUAGCACUCACUCAACUGAUAUUAAAAAAGUAGAAUUGGAUUGGAGAAAUGAAGAAAAUGUACCUGAAGAGGAUAUUAUCGAUUUAGAAAGACAAUGGUACGCAGAGGAUAGUGAAGUUGUAGAUUUUUCAGAAGGAUCUCUCUACUUGGGUGAUGAAAAUAAGAAUAGAAAAAAGGAGGAUGACUAUAAAAAUAAGAAUAGACAAUUCAAAAACAAGGAAAAGAGAAUGUCUGCCCAAAAGUCACAACAAAUGAAAGAUAAUGAUGCAUGGGAAAGAAAUAGAUUACUAUUAACUGGAAAUGCAAGAACUUUUGAUUUUGACAAUUUGGAUGAAUCUAAUGAACAAGAACAAUCAACUCAAAUUAUUUACCAUGAUGUCAAACCUCCAUUCCUCGAUGGAAAUGUUUCAUUUACUAAACAAAUAGAGCCAGUUUUACCUGUAAAAGACGUGACGAGCGAUAUUGCUACAGCUUCAAGAAAAGGAACUGGGAAAGAAAAUGGUAGAAUUACCUUUGGAUCCUCCACUCUCAAAAAUGUUAAUUUACUCGGAAAAACUGGGUUGUACAUCGGAAGUUCUUACAAUAGUUUCAAUGCUCUCGGUUCCUACAGUAUUUUAUAG